GAUUUUGUGACGGAACCCACAGACCGAUCAACCCCUCUUCAUCGUCAUCUUCAUCUUCAUCACCAGUUUGUUCCCUCUGCUGUGGAGGAAGAGGAGACGGUCUCUGUUUGCUGUAACAUGAGUGAAGAUAGCAGUGCUCUGCUCAGCAGGCUGCAGCAGCUGCAGUGCCACUUCACCUGGGAUCUGAAGAAGGAUGACGUUGACUUGGAAAACCUGAGCACCCGACUGCAGGCCCACAUACAACUUCAGCUUGGGCAGCAUGGGGCAGUGACUCGAUCUUACAGCUACUUGGCUUAUGUCAGGUAUCUUCAAGAUCAACAAGAGGAAGCACUGUCACUCCUAAACCAAUCAGAGGAAACCAUUCUUGAGUGGUAUGGUGAUGAGAGCGAGAGGCGGCUCAUUGUGACAUAUGGAGAUAUGGCCUGGCUGAAAUACCACACCAGAGACUACACACAGUCACAAAGCUACUGCCAGAGAGUUGAGGACCUACUGUUGAAGUAUACCACUGGUUCCUCAACAAGUCUCCUUCCAGAGGUGUAUGGAGAAAAAGCCUGGACGUACCUCAAGUUUUCAUGGUCUUCUCUCUCAAAAGCCAUUGACUGUUUCCGUAAAGCACUUGAGGUCCAGACUCAUGACAGUGAGUGGAAUGCUGGCUACGCUAUCGCCCUCUUUCGCACAGAACAGAGGGGUUUAGAAAGCGUAAAGGAAGGUAAAGAAUCCUUGGCCAUGAAACAGCUUCGUUUUGCCUUGGAAAUUAGCCCUGAUGACGCAGUUCUGCAGUCCAUGCUGGCUGUGAAGCUGGGUGGCUAUAAGAAAUAUGAAGAAGCUGAGGAUCUGUUGAAUAAAGCACUGAAGACUGAUCCUGACAACCCUCAUGUCAGCCGCUACAUAGGAAAAUACUUUCGUAAUCAGUAUCGCCUGGAUGAGUCUAUUGAUAUGUUGGAGCGAGCGCUGAAAAGGGCCGAUCAGUCACCUUUCAUCCACCACCAGCUGGCUCUGUGCUACAAGAGGAAGAAAAUUGCCGAGCAGAGCCGCAAACCUUUCAGCAACCAAAGAGAGGUGCGGUACUGGAGGCGUCUUUGUAUUCGUUACCUUGAAGAGGCUGUAAAGAUAAGGCCAUCCUUUGUCCUUGCAUUGAGUGAUCUGGCACUGCUCUAUGCAGAGGAAAGAGAUUUAAGGAGGGCUGAGGAGAUUUUCCAGCAGUGCUUGAAGUUGGCAGAGUCAGAGAAAAGCCUUUUUCAAACUGUCCAUCAGCGCUACGCUGACUUUCAUUACUACAACAAAAAAAAUGAGGCUGAAGCCAUUGUCCACUACACCAAGGGUCUGCUGCUACACCCCAAGAAAUAUGAGUGGAGACAGUGUGCUAAGAGACUGAAGCAAAUUGCUGAGAGACGUCUGUCAAAAAACCAGGAAGAUGGCGAGGCUCAUGCUCUGCUGGGUCAGGUGGCCAAAGCUGAGGGUGACAAGAAGAAAGCUGCUGAGUUUUACGAGAAAGCUCUGGACUGCGAUGUGGACAAUGCAGAGUACCUGUCUGUCCUGUGUGAGCUGCGCAUGGAGCUGCAGUGAUGAGAACAGCAUCCUCUGAGACCUUUAUGAUCCAUUUUAAUUUUCAUUACUGCACAUCUGUUUCAUCAGAAAAAAUAUUCAUAUUUUGAGCUAGAACACUAACUGCAUGGUCAGGAAAACUAUGGCUGCUUCAUGAGUUCAAUAAACACUGAUUUUUCCUUCA